AUGACACGAGCGCUAAGAAUCCUCACUGAAAACAUCAACGCCGCCUCCGUAACAGCACCGCCGCCAGAAGCCUUGGCGUUGGAGUCAGACUUCGUCGUGAUUCUCGCAGCCUUGCUCUGUGCCUUGAUAUGCGUUGUCGGACUCAUCGCCGUAGCCCGAUGCGCCUGGCUCCGACGAGACUCCGGCACCGGAAACUCUCCUCAGCAAGCUUUAGCUAACAAAGGACUCAAGAAAAAAGUUCUUCAAUCGCUUCCGAAAUUCGCUUACGUCGAUAGCAACCCUACGAAAUGGUUGGCGACAACUGAAUGCGCGAUUUGUCUCUCUGAUUUCGCCGCCGGCGACGAGAUCCGUGUGCUACCGCAGUGUGGACACGGAUUCCACGUUGCUUGCAUAGACACAUGGCUUGGGUCCCACUCUUCUUGCCCUUCCUGUAGACAAAUUCUGGCGGUGACAAGGUGUCAGAAGUGUGGCCGGUUUCCGGCAACCGGAGCUGAAGCUACCGCUGUUGCCGUUAAUGAAUUGGAGUCGAAAUCUGCAGAAGAUAGCAAUGUUGGUGCUAAUAGUAAUAAUAAUUGUAACGGGGGUGUUAGUAGUAGUAAUAAUUCUGGAAAUCACAGCCACAGUGUAAACAGUGGGUUCUUGCCUUAA